UCCUGUUCAUUUUUUUUUGUAGAUGAUGAUACAACUCAAAUACUGACCAAUUACCAAAAUAAGAAAGAAAAUGGCUCUUAAUGCUACAGUGUUCAUCAACAAUGGAGACAUAAAGUUGAGGGCAAAAUUGGAAUUUCAUUAUUCAGAUGUUGGAAAGUUCGAAUAUGGGCGUACGCAGAAAACUGACUUGGCUUCAAGGAGAACAAGGAGUCGAGCAAUCCGCGUCCUGGCAAAUCCCAAUGCAUCUCGGGGGGAAGAGAGAACAAAGAAGGUAGUGAUCAUGGUGGAUCCUUUAGAAGCCAAGCGAUUAGCGGCAAAGCAAAUGGAAGAAAUUAAAGCUAAAGAAAGAUUUCAAAGACGGCGACAAAUAGAAGCAAUCAACGGUGCGUGGGCUAUGAUAGGUCUUACUGUUGGAUUAGUCAUCGAAGGUCACACAGGACUCAGCAUUCCAUCUCAGUUGGCGAGCUAUGUAGCUGCAGUCAUUGGGUUCUUUACGGGAUAGAUACGUGCCAAGACUAUGAUCGAAACAUUCUUUAACUCGAUAAAUAAGUACAUCAACCGCGAAAGCACUCUGUUGGACCGACAAUGAUACUGAGAGACGAAAGCUAGGAGAGUGAAUGAGAUUAGAUACCCCAGUAUUUCUAGCCGUAAACGAUAGAUAUUAGGCGUUGUGCCUAUCGACCGUGCAAUGCUGUAGCCAGUGGCGAAGCCUCCUUUGCUCCAGGGGGUUCAUCUGAAUCCCGUUCGACGGAAAAUUAUACUGUUUUUGUACUAUUUUUACAUUGUUAAAAAUAUUUUGUAUGCAUAUAUAGUAGAUAUUGAACCUCCUUUGACUA